AUUUAUUAACAGUGGUUAGAAAAUAAUAAUAUAACAGACAGAAAAGGAGAUAAUUAAAAAAUACAUACCCAAUACUGUAUUCUUCAAUUUCAUAUAUAAUAGAUACUGAAAAAAUAAUAUAUAAUCGUUAUACCAUCAAUGUGAUUGGCAACAUGAUCUUCCUCUGACAUUCGCAUUCAUAUAAUGCAAUCAAUUUAAGAAACCUAGAUAUGCCGCCUACUCGCCAAGUUAGCGACCGUCAGCUCGAACUGAUGGUGGAUUUUGUGGAUGCAAACAGAAAAAUUAUUUUGGCUACCAAUGGUAAAAGCCCAUACGGGCAGCGAGUGUCGUUUGAGGCAUGGGAUAUAAUAUCUAAGACACUAAACGAUGUAGACGGAGGACUCAGUAAAACCCCUGAAAAAUGGAAGCGUUACUGGCACCUGCUGAAGUGCCGUACGAAGGCGAAAGCUGCAGACAUCAGGAGGAAUCAAAAGGACUUUGGCGGUGGCAGCAAACCGUUCCCACUGUCUGAAUUGGAGAAGAAGAUAAUUUCUAUACUUCGAAAGGCUGCGGUUGAAUUCCCUGAAGCGGAUCUAUUCAAAGAAACAGAGAAAAAGACCAGUCCUAAUGCAUGGCCUGAAGACCAGACAACAGUUGCAAUUUCAACCGUGGAGUUGGAGCCUGAAUGUCAGGAGAUGGAAGUCAAGUUGGAGGUUGAGACCACUGAAUGUGAAUACCUAGAACCAUUCAGUCCCGUGGAGCAGGAGCAGAGUCAAGCAGAGCCCGAGCAGAGUAUAGAAGCGGUGUCUCUCACGUCGCCAGAUAGUCCACCAGAGCAACAACCCCCGCCGAUUACAGAACCUGUAUCUUCCACUCCACAAGAAGACCCACUCGAGUGUAGCCGUCCACGAUCCCGAAAUGAAUCUGUAUGGAAGUCCAGGCAUAAACGACAUUACAGUAGCAAUUUGCCGCGGUGGGCGUACGAUUUAGAAGAGAGGCGAAUCGCGACAGAUGAACGACGAAUCGCGGCCGAGGAGCGCCGAAUCGCAACCGAGGAGAGGCGAAUCGCAGCUGAAGAGAGGCGAACGGCUGCUGAAGAACGCGUUGCGGAUGCUAUCAACGGUCUGCGGUCCACGAAUAUGGGCAUAUUGGGUUGCAUGCAGCAAUUUGUUCAAAUGCUGCGAGGGUAUCUCAAUAAACAAUAAAAACUUGUAUUUUCGACAUAGAUUAUAUAUAUGAGAUAUUUACCGUGAAACUAUAUUAGUUUACUGGCUGUGACACGUGACUUUGUUCGCCUGAAAUUAAACUUUUUUUUAAUAAUUUUAGCAACACGCAAGUUUCAUGCUUAUUUUUUUGUCAUGAGUUUGGUAGAGUAUGACGAUUCAAAAGAGCUUAUAUUAAGUUUAUUUGAAUAAAGAUUAUUACUAUUAGAAUAAAUAAAAUUUCCAAAAUAAAGUAGUCUAAGUUACUCCUAACAUUAGCUAUCUGCGAGUGAAAGUCCCGCCAAAAUCAGUUUAUCCGUUUUCAGAUAUUAAUAAGAACAAACAGACUUUUUUCUUUGAAUUCAACGGGGCAGGGGUCGAACCUGCCUAGGAUUCACAUUUGGUUUUGCUGUACCGGAGAGUCCGUCGGAAAUAUAAUUAAUUUUUUGUGUCAGAUUUGAAGUCAUUACCUGGUAGACCUAACCACUAAGUCAGGACGCUGUCAAUAUAAUAUCAGUGUAAAUAUCUCGUAUUAUAUAAUAAGUGUUAUUGUAGAAUUUCGAAUUGUACUUGAGCAUGUGUGGAACCUUCGAAUGAAUAUAUACAAAACAUUGCUUGUAAUAACAAUUAUAUAAACAGAAACAAUAAUUCUGUUCCUAGUGACACAAGCCUGAGGCGGCCGUGACAUAAUAAUAUAUCAAUCAUUUUAUUUUGUGACAAUAGUACUAGGGGGGGAAGGGGGUUGUCAGUAAUGUGGACUAAUAACCCCAUUGUUACCAAUGUACCAUGUCAGGUUGACCUCCACGUGGUUCCCCUGGAAUCCGUCGUGAAAUUCAUGGGGAAUUUACCAGGAUGGGCUAACUGACUUGACGUCAUGCUCAUCUUAAAUCGUCGUGAAAUUCAUGGGGAAUUUACCACGAUGGGCUAACUGACCUGACGUCAUGCUCAUCUUAAAUCGUCGUGAAAUUCAUGGGGAAUUUACCAGGAUGGGCUAACUGACUUGACGUCAUGCUCAUCUUAAAUCGUCGUGAAAUUCAUGGGGAAUUUACCACGAUGGGCUAACUGACUUGACGUCAUGCUCAUCUUAAAUCGUCGUGAAAUUCAUGGGGAAUUUACCAGGAUGGGCUAACUGACCUGACGUCAUGCUCAUCUUAAACCGUCGUGAAAUUCAUGGGGAAUUUACCAGGAUGGGCUAACUGACUUGACGUCAUGCUCAUCUUAAAUCGUCGUGAAAUUCAUGGGGAAUUUACCACGAUGGGCUAACUGACCUGACGUCAUGCUCAUCUUAAAUCGUCGUGAAAUUCAUGGGGAAUUUACCACGAUGGGCUAACUGACUUGACGUCAUGCUCAUCUUAAAUCGUCGUGAAAUUCAUGGUGAAUUUACCACGAUGGGCUAACUGACCUGACGUCAUACUCAUCUUGUCAUCCUCCACUGGAGCCCCGCCAGCGUAUACUGUUAGCUCAUCCAUAAGAAAAAAAUAGAUACAAAAAUAGACUCAUUUUCCCAUUUAUAACUUUAGUUAUAAUUCAACGCAAUGAUGACUGGCUUCCGUCAUACUUGAGAACGAGUGCUGUGUAUUUUUGUUCGGAUUAAUACCAGCUGCUGAGUUUGAGUACCACCCACCAGAAACUGAAAUACCGUCCUGAUCAUCUGGAUGAAUGGCGGUCUUCCACAGUGCGGUUUUCUAGAAACUUUCUGCCUUGCAUAACCACAUUGUGGAAUCACUUUCAGCAAUGGUAUUUCCGAACCGAUACGAUAUUGAAACCUUCAAGAAAAGUGCUUAUUCCUUUUUAAAAGGCUUACAACGUACUUGCAAUUCCCCUGGUG